CCUCUGCCUUUGCAGAAAGAGAGCUCGAGAGCACUUGCGCGCUGCAGCAUCAGUACCAGGCUCAUCAGUUCUGCUUGCAGCCACCGCCUUCCAGGCAACCCUCUGCAAACUGCAACAAGGCUGCUCAGGGGUUCUUUUUUACUGGAUAGAAAUUACGAUUUACAACAAUAGUAAUAAAUUAUAUCACAUUUCCUACAAAAAUGGGCUACGAACUCUUCACAGCGCCAAUGUGUUGAACCACGCGUUUUACAGUCCAAAUAUGAAUCAUGUAUCUGAUAUAUCUGCAACAUCUAUUUGCCAGCAUCCUUUUCUCAUGGUUCCAGCCAUUCGGUUUCGCGUCAACGGCAUCGUCUUGGCAUGAAAAUGACACCGUUCGGGACGUAGUAUCGACAGCAGCAGUGGGAGAUGGUGCAGACGCAUACAACAGCAGCAACAGUAGCAAGCAUAUUGAACGGGAAAUCACAUUCCCCUCCAGACUGAUUUAUUACCUUAACGAGGACUCAGAGAGCACCUACCAUAAUCUGAACACUCGGGCAAGAAAUCAACAAAAACAAAACCAGGCUGUACAUCUCGCCCAAGCAAGUUUUCAGCUAGAGGCCUUUGGCUCCAGAUUUACCCUGGACCUGUCAUUAAAUAAUGACCUGUUAUCUUCUGAUUAUGUGGAAAUCCAUUAUGAAAAAGGGGAACCGGUCUCGUCAAAGGGUGGGGAACACUGCUACUAUCAUGGUCAGAUCAGAGGGAACAACAUGUCCAACGUGGCUGUUUCAACCUGCAAUGGACUCCAUGGCAUGUUUGAUGAUGGUUCUCACACAUACCUAAUUGAGCCAUUGCAGCAGAUACACCCACAAGAGAGCUCAGCGAGGCCUCACAUUAUAAAAAAGACACCGGGUGUCCAUUCUGUGGAGCAGUUAGAAGAUUUGGGGGACACAGAGAAGACAGUGUCUCAGUUGGAUCUCCUAGAUGAUCUUUCUUGGCUGAGGAGAAGGAGGAAGCGAGCGGUGCCUCGUAAUGUUUUUGAAGAAAUGAAGUACCUUGAACUCAUGAUUGUCAGCGAUCACAGGACGUACAAGAGACACAAGACCAGACAACACACUAACAACUUUGCAAAAUCUGUAGUAAACCUUGUGGACGCUGUGUUUAAAGAGCAGCUCCACACCAGGGUGGUCCUGGUUGGAGUGGAAAUCUGGACAGACCGGGAUCAAAUCCCUGUCGGCGAGAAGCCCAUGGAAAUGCUUCGGGAUUUCUCCAAGUACAGGCAGCACAGUAUCAGACAGCGUGCAGAUGCUGUUCACCUGUUCUCGAAUGUGACAUUUCACUAUGCAAGGAGUAGUAUUGCCUACUUUGGUGGUAUUUGUUCUGCGACCCGUGGUGUAGGAGUGAAUGAGUAUGGUUCAACGUGGGCAAUGGCAGCUGCAUUAUCCCAGAGCUUGGCUCAGAACCUGGGGAUCCAGUGGGACCCGGCUUCAAGAAAAAAGGAGUGUGGGUGCACUGAGUCUUGGGUUGGAUGCAUCAUGGAAGAAACAGGAGUGCAACACACUCGGAAGUUUUCCAAAUGCAGCAUUUCAGAUUACAAGGAGUUUUUGCUAAAAGGUGGAGGAUCCUGCCUUUUUAACAGACCUACAAAGUUGUUUGAGGCGACAGAAUGUGGGAACGGAUACAUGGAGCCGGGGGAGGAAUGUGACUGUGGAGUGAGAGUAGAGUGCUAUGGUGAUUGCUGUAAGAAGUGCUCUCUCUCCAGUGGAGCCCAUUGCAGUGAUGGGCCAUGCUGCAAUAACACUUGUCUUUUUUAUCCAAGGGGGUAUGACUGCCGUUACGCUGUCAAUGAUUGUGAUAUAACAGAAAUGUGCCCUGGGGACUCUGGUCAGUGCCCACCUAACCUUCAUAAGCAGGAUGGAUACCACUGCAACUCUAACCAGGGAAGAUGCUAUAAUGGAGAGUGCAAAACAAGAGAUAACCAGUGCAGAUACAUAUGGGGAGCAAAGGCAGGUGGAUCUGACAAAUUUUGCUACGAGAAACUAAAUACAGAGGGAACAGAGAAGGGGAACUGUGGGAGAGAUGGAGACAAGUGGAUCCAGUGCAACAAACAUGAUGUUUUCUGUGGGUACCUUCUCUGUACAAGCAUUGGCCGGAUCCCACGUGUUGGCUUUAUGAAAGGUGAUGUCACUCCAGCAUCUUUCAACCACCAGGGGAGACUUGUAGAUUGUAGUGGAGGACAUGUCUUGUUGGAUGAUGAAACAGAUCUAGGAUAUGUAGAGGACGGAACACCCUGUGGCCCGUCCAUGAUGUGCCUCAAUAGAAAAUGCUUGCCGAUACCGUCCUUAAAUAUGAGCGCCUGUCCCAGUGGAUCAAACGGGCCGGUGUGCUCAGGACAUGGGGUCUGCAAUAAUGAAGCCACCUGCACAUGUGACCCAACCUGGGCUGGAACAGACUGCAGCAUCUAUGACCCGGUUAAGGAACCCCCGCCUAAUCCUGACGAUGGGCCUAAGGAAAUGUCAAAAAGAGGAAGUACGACCCUAACGCAAGCGCUAUCUAGAAGUAUACGAAUGGUGGUCCUCAACCCUAAAGCAAUGGAUUCUGGGUUUCAUGGACAUGUUGUAACAGCUGAACUGGAAUUCAAAUUGAUUAUUUUGGUGACGCUUUACUUAGAAAACUGUAGAAGACAAACUGAUAACUUCAUGGCAAAAGAAGAAGAACAACAAAAGAGCAAAAACACCCUUUGUGUCCAAGGGACUGUGCUACAAUGUAUGUACGUUGAGAUUCUGCAUUCUCAUAUCUAAUAGGCAUGACUUAUUCUAAAGACGUUAAAACUCCCACGGCAUGAAGAUCUCUUUGCAAUGGUACCUGCAUGGCAAAAGCUGAGAAAAAAAGGAGAAAGCAUCACAAACAUGGUCACUGACAUCUGACAAAGCUCCUCUUUUUAAUAUCUUCAGCAGGGUUUCUCAUCCAAACUCAGGACCACCUUCUCAAAGUUAUCAGUGUGGAAUUGAAUGCUAGAGAUAAAUCUGCCUUUCUUGAGCAGGAACUGAAAACAUAAACAGUAUAAAUAGUUAAAGAUUGUACAUAGGAACAAAAAACAAGAUUUCAACAUAUCAUUUUACACUGACAUGUAAUUAUUUUGUACUUUUUAGCAUGUUGUAUAGCGGGUGUUUUUGGGCUUGCUUAUGUGGUAAAAAAAAACACAAAAAAAACAUGGCUAACAUUUUGACAGACCAAAAGAAAAAAAAAGUUUGAUAUCUUUCAACCCCCCCCCCCCCCACUCCCUUAAUAUGCAACAGGAAUCUUAAGCUAAGAAAAAUCCCCACUGGUAACUCAAACCAAAGAAAAAUGCCCUUUGGGGUAUGUGAGGUACAAGGUCUGACGACACUGGAAGGUUUAUCUUUCAUUAUAUGUCCUCCUGUUGUUUAUUUAUUUAUUUUGUGAUGUGUUUUCCUUGGUUUCUUGCAGUAUGUGAAGAGCUUCAAACAAGAGUGUUUUAGGAAUUGUUCUUCCUAUAAUCAAUAUUUAAAAAUGUGUCAUACAUGAGAAGUCUAAAUAAUACCCCCUGAGAUUCAGUAAUUUAGUGAUAAUGAAAAGCUGUCAUUAACACCCACUAUACUGGCUUUGCCUUGUAUACCAAUACAUUUUUACUAGAAAUGGCAAAUUAUGGCUCUUGCUGGUAUGCUGCAUGUGUCCACAAAACUGGGCUUACUUUUAUGAAAGUUCAAAAUCUGCAAGAAUAUGCUUAAAAAAAAAAAAAGCGAUAGGUGCAUGUCGACAACAAACAUUUAACAUUUAUUUACUAUGCAAAAGAAGGUACUGCACAACAAUAAAAAGCUAAUAAAAUAAAAAUAAUAUUGGGUGAACUUUUAUAUGCUUAACCACUUAUACUUCUCAUGUUUAAUUUCAGCUUUAAACUUUUAAAAAGUUUGAAUUGUUAAAUCCAAACCUACAGUGAAGCUGUUGUUUACAUCAUGAGGAGUGCAUUGUGUUUUUUUAUUAUUAUUUGACAGAUGUAUUCAUGUUAUUUGUAUUGCAAUUUACUGAUGUCAGAGGCUGAAAACAUGAUCAGUGAUUUUUAAUCCUUCUCUGGUAAUAUUUUACAAUGGAACAACCUUUGAAGUCAACCCCAGAUAUCACAGAAUGUUGACAAAUCACUUAUUUUUUUCAUGAAACCAUUAUGCUUUCUGUGUUAGCAUAAGAUGUUCAAAACGUCCCUAUAUGGAGUACUCAGAGUUUCUAUGUCAACAUAGCUUCAUGUAAAAAAGGAAGGCAUUGAGUAAUAAAUAAUUGAAUUAUUUUA